UCGACUCAUAUUGCCACCUAAAGCGCCGCCACCGUCUUGGACCGGACGACUCUCUCUCUCUGUCCAAUAACUUAAAAUCAAAGAGCAUGCCUAGCCUUACUCUGCCCCCCUCCCCCCUCUCUCUAACCUCCCCUUCUCUUCCCCAUGCCUACAAUACCCUCCCCAUGUCUUUCCUCCGCCGCCUAACUCCCCUCCGCCUCAACAAACGCCGUCUCGCCUCCGUCGCAGCUGCAGCCGUUCGUCAAGACACAACCGUCUGGUCACACGCGCCGCUCUCUCUAAUCGAACCCGCUGCAGAAUCUCUCUUCCAUAUAACAAUCGACGUCUCCGACUCUCCUGAUAUUGUAUCCUCCCAUACUCGCCCCGGCCAGUACCUCCAGCUCCGCGUCCCUGAUUACGAGAAACCUUCUUUCCUAGCUAUAGCGUCGCCGCCUUCGUUCGUCGCCGCUAAAGGCGCGUUUGAAUUUCUAGUGAAAACGGUUCCCGGCUCAACCGCUGAGCUGUUGUGCGGUUUGAGGAAAGGCGAUGUGGUCGAGUUAACUCAAGCCAUGGGUAACGGUUUUGAUUUAGAUCGCAUCUCGCCGCCUGAGAAGUAUUCGACGGUCCUGAUUUUCGCUACGGGAUCUGGAAUUAGUCCAAUUCGAUCAUUGAUAGAGUCGGGGUUUAGUGCUGAUAGAAGGUCUGAUGUUAGGCUGUAUUAUGGGGCGAGGAACCUGACGAGAAUGGCUUAUCAGGAUAGGUUUAAGGAUUGGGAGUCUUCCGGUGUUACUAUUGUUCCAGUACUUUCACAGCCUGAUGAUUCUUGGACUGGUGAAACUGGCUAUGUACAGGCUGCUUUUUCCGGAGCCAAGCAGAUUGAUAAUCCUAUAGCCACUGGUGCUGUGCUUUGUGGGCAGAAACAGAUGGCGGAGGAAGUAACAUCAAUUCUGUUGGCAGAUGGAGUCUCAAGUGAGAAGAUACUAAAGAACUUCUGAGAUAUUACCAAAGAGGUUCACAUUGUUGUAGUGUUAUUUAUUGAGCAACAGUUGAAGAUGAUUCUUUGAUCCACACUGCUGACGAAAUUCGUCAAGCUAGUGAAUAAUUCCCAAUUUUGAAUUUUGAGCAUCUUACAUGUACCAUGAAUUGUAAAAUAGAAAUUCUAGCAGGCAAAGUAUAGGAAACCUGAGCAAGAUUUGGCAUGAUAUGAUAUGUAAUGGCAGCCUCCUUUUUAAUGUUAAGCUACCCCGUAGAGAAGUGUGGACAUGUUCAAUAACAUGAAGUUGCCAAUGUUUGAUAAUUUUUUUAUCUCCCUGAGGGAAGCAA